AUGGCGGGAGGGCUGAAAAACAGCAAACACGAAUGCACCCUGUCUUCACAAGAAUAUGUUCAUGAAUUACGAUCUGGUAUUUCAGAUGAGAAACUUCUGAACUGCCUAGAAUCCCUGAGAGUUUCGUUAACCAGCAAUCCUGUCAGCUGGGUUAACAACUUUGGACAUGAAGGUCUUGGACUCUUACUGGAUGUGCUGGAAAAGCUUCUCGACAAGAAACAACAAGAAAAUAUUGACAAGAAAAAUCAGUAUAAACUUAUUCAGUGCCUCAAAGCAUUUAUGAAUAAUAAGGUAAGUAGAAUUUAUUUCUGCCUCUGUUACAAAAGGUGAGAACUUCUCCGACAGUACGAAAGUAUAAAACAGAUAAAAUAGUGGAUGCCUGUUCAGUUUACAAAAAGGUAUUCUUCUUUAUGAUGCUAAUCAUCAUAAGUUUCAUUUAAAUAUUUAUUUCAAAUAUACUUUGCUUCAGAAAAUAUUUAUUGGUAGGUUUUUUCAGUCAUGCAAACAUAUUGCUCUUGUUCCCAGAUGAGAUAAUACAUUAUUUUCUUUUAUGAUAAUAGGAAAAUUUAAA